AGAACUUGGGCCAGAAUUAAACCUAAUCUUGGUCAUAAUGAAGAAAUAGAAAAAACACUAACAUGAAGAAGAAGAGGGGAACCAAGAAAAUCAAGAAAGAGGUGGUUGAAAAGGAGGAGGAAAGCAAAGUGAUCAAAGAGCAGACAGAAGCAUUAUCCACUGUAUCCACCAGCGAAGGCUCACACAACACAACAGUAGACUUGAGCAAUAUCUUAUCCAGCUCCCUUUCAUCAGAAUCUAGUGAGGAAAACUUCCCUCUUGACCCAAUGGACAUUCGGGAAAUCAGUGCCAAGAUUUCAGCAUCUGAAUUUAUUUCAUCGAGGAGGAAGGGAGAAAUCUGGGAUGAGAUUUGCUCUGAGGCUGCAAGUAGUAAAAAUAGCUGAUCGUGUUGCAACUUUUUUUUUUCUUUUUCCUCUUGUGAUGUAAAUUUUUAAUUGUACAGUGGAUAAGUACAUUUAAUGUUUUUAGUCUUUUGAGUAAAUAUUUGACAUGGAGUGCUUUUGGACUUGUUGAUACCAAAGAAUAAGACUGAGUGAUUGUUAUAAGGAAUUCCAAGAUGAUCAGUUUUAUGCCAUGAACUCCAUUGUAAGGGCUUGGAAGGUGCCUCCUUUUGAAGGACUUAAUUUGACAGUGAGAGACCAUUUCCAAGAGUGGAAGCCCUUCCCAAUUUUUUACCAUAGCCAGUCCUUGAACCACUAUGCUGUGAGACCCUUCUGGUCCACACUUUAUUACCAUAGUACUACAACAGCCUUUGUAACACAUCAUCAGUUUUGAGCUACUGAAGCUUUGGAGGCCGAUAGCAGUGCUAAAAAUAUUUAUAAAAUUUAAGAACCAAACAAAUGCAAGAUGACAGACAGAGUGGUGGUACUCCUAGACAUGGACUGCUUCUAUGUGCAAGUGGAGGAAAGGGACAACCCUCACAUAAAAGGGGUCCCAGCUGCUGUGGUACAGUACAACUCUUGGAAGGGUGGUGGAAUUAUUGCUGUCAACUACGAAGCACGAGCCUUUGGUGUCAAGAGAGGAAUGCGGGGAGAUGAAGCUCGUGGCAAGUGCCCUGACCUCCAGCUGGUUCAGGUGCCUGUAAAUCGUGGCAAGGCUGACCUCACCAAGUAUCGUGAUGCUGGUAAAGAGGUUAUAAAAGUACUAUGCGAGUUCAGUGACUGUGUUGAGAGAGCCAGCAUUGAUGAAGCCUAUAUUGAAUUAACACAAACAGUAGAAGAUAGGAUCAAGAAGAAGAAUGGCACCCACAUUGCCACUGAUAUGCUGAAGUCAAGCUGGGUUGUUGGAUAUGAUAAGACUAAGGAUGGGGACCAACAAGGAGUCAGAGAGAAGGGUGUUCAUGAAUGGUUAAACAGUGUUUUUGAAAAUGGAGAGGAUGCAGCUUUGCCUCUUGAUUCCAACCAUCCUCAGUGGGAUAAUGUAAGAUUAGCUUAUGCAGCACUUAUUUGUGAAGAUAUGCGAGCAGCUGUCUUGGCGCAGACAGGGUUCAAAUGUUCAGCAGGGAUUACUCACAAUAAGAUGCUUAGCAAAUUGGCAUGUGGUCUCCACAAGCCAAACCAGCAGACUGUCCUACCACAGGAUGAAGUUAGCCAGCUUUGGGAUGGUUUGCCUGUAGGAAAAGUACGUCACCUAGGAGGAAAGCUUGGAGACUCACUCACUGAGGAGAUGGGUUGCAACACAAUGGGUGACCUGGCAAAGUUGUCUCUCCAGCAACUAAUCGGCAGAUACGAUAAUAAAACAGCGUAAGAAGGAUAAAAUUGCG